AUGUUUUUGUUAGACUACACACCUGAACAAAAGUCAAUAAAGCUUAUCAUAACAACGGAUCAUACGGCCACGGUUAAUAUUUACUCACCUUACUCAGGUGUCAAUAAAACCGUAUUUGUAAACCAAAGUGUAGCUCAUGUAGAUCUACCGAAUUCUAUUGAUUCAAUUUUUACUGGAUUUACAUCAAGAGGAAUUCAUAUUUUAUCUGACAAACCAAUUUCAGUUGUCGGAUUUAGUAAACUAUAUUCUAGAAAUUGUUGUUCAGCUUUAGCAUUUAAUGCUUUACCAGCUGAUAAGAAAGGGAAAUACUUCAAAAUUCAAACUCUUUUCCGUAACUCUAAGGACAUUCAAAGUUUCGGUAUUGUCUCUGUUUAUCCAGAUACAUCUGUUGAUAUAAAAUCAAUAGCACAACAACCUUUAACAAUAUCAGGAAAAACUCUGUAUAACCAUGAUAAUGUAACGAUCACGUUAAAGCAACUGCAGUGUUACUAUUACGAAACAAACGUUAACUUUGACAUAUCCGGACUUGAAAUUACCGGUACCAAACCUUUUGUCGUAUUUUCUGGCAAUAAACAAGUAGACACUUUUAUUAACUUGGAAAGUGCAGUAGAAAGUAUUCCUCCUACAGACACAUGGGGUAAACAAUUCAUUGUGCCUUUGAUUAAGGCUACGACAAUAUAUUUGAAAAUAGUUAUGAACAAUCCUAAGAAUGUUGUUAACAUUACUGGUAAUAAUUACUUUAGGUCCUUUACAUCAAGUUAUAAAAUACAAGUAGAACUGCCGGCAGGUUCCUACGCAGUAACAGCAAAACAGUCAAUUCUUUUGUCUGUUUUUACAAAAUAUGUUAACACAUCGAUUAGUCCCUUCAUGUCAAUAAUUCCUGCUAUCACCCAAUUCUCAAAUGAUUACAUAGUGGCAGGACCUUCAAUAUUUAGUUACCUGCACAUUCCAUAUAGAAAUUUUCUUUCGAUUGUGAUUGACCAAAUAUAUGCGUCGGGACUACGAAUGAACGGAAAUGUCGUACAAGCUCUAGAAGAAACAAGUAUUCCUUUGGAGAAUGUCAAUUACAAAUGUAUGAUUGUAAAUUUAUCAGGAUCAAGCGCUGAUAAAAUAAGUCAUCUACAAUCAAACAUUAUGUUUGGAGCAAUAGUCUAUGGAUAUGGAUAUGAUGAGGCGUACGGUUAUCCUGCUGGACUUAGACUUUAA